GUCAGUUGGUGGUCCUUUUUAUAUUUGUCUAAUAGUUUAUUUAUACUGUCGGUCUUUGUAGCGUUUAUCUAUCUGUGAUUUAUUUUAUAAAUAUAUACUACGUCUUGUUUAGUUUUUAAAAUGUUUUAAACCUUUUAAUAAGAAAUAUUCUCUUUGAGGUAUUUUAUUCUACAAUCGCUUUUUCAUUCAAUGGAUUGCGUGAACUUUCUUUUAAACUUUUCACUAAAGUAGUUUAUUAUAGUUAACUUAUAAUAAUGAAUCAACAAGAAAAUGGUGUCGUUAAAAAGAGAAAGGAUAACACGUUACAAGAGCUUGAAGAAGAACAAAUGAUAAAGGAAUCAGAUGUUAAAUGUUCUAAAGCAACUUUUAGUCCAAGAACCAUUACUUUGAUUUUUGUUUCAUUACUAUUGGAUUUAUUGGCUUUCACUAUGAUCCUUCCACUCUUACCGUCUCUAUUAGAUUAUUACAAUAAAGAAGAAGGCAAGGGAAACAGUUUAUAUGCAAGCUUGCUUCAAGCUAUCCAGACAUUUCAGAAAUUUACUGGAGCACCAGAUCGGUUUUCAUCAGUACUUUUUGGUGGAGUUCUAGGCUCUAUGUAUAGUUUUCUUCAAUUUCUAACAAGUCCAAUAGUCGGAAGUCUUUCUGAUGCAUAUGGUAGGAAGCCUAUGCUCAUAAUCUGUUUGACAGGCAUAGCAUUGUCUCAUGCCCUGUGGGGCUGUGCAAGAACUUUUAGUGUAUUUGUAAUGGCACGAUUCAUUGGUGGGUUGAGCAAAGCCAAUGUAAGUCUUAGUAUGGCCAUCGUUACAGAUGCCUCUAAUGAGAAAACGAGAGCUAGAGGAAUGGCAUUAAUAGGUUUAGCAUUCUCUGUUGGGUUCAUAGUUGGACCUCUAGCUGGCGCUUGGUUCGCAGCUACCCACAACCUAACGGCGGGUGCGUGGGGCGAGCGACCUGCUUUCUACGCACUGUUACUCUCACUCACUAAUGUAGCACUUGUUGUGUUCUUUAUGCCAGAGACAUUACCUAAGGAAAAAAGAUCACCGUUACUAUUUACACUGUCUAAAACACUGGACUUCGUAUCACCAUGGCAUCUAUUGAAAUUCAGUGCUGUGAAAAAUUUAUCAGAACAUCAAAAUAAAGUUCUUACAAAAGUGGGACUGAUAUAUUUUCUAUAUUUAUUUAUAUACUCCGGUCUCGAAUUUACUCUAACAUUCCUCACUCAUCAUACAUUCCAGUAUACAGCCAUGCAACAAGGAAAAAUGUUUUUAGUUAUAGGAGCGAUAAUGGCGGUGCUGCAGGGCGGCGCGGCUCGUCGUCUGGGGGCUGCGGGCGCGGAGCGUGCGGCCCGCGCGGCGCUGGCGCUGACGCCGCUGUCGUUCCUGAGCGUGGCCGCCGCUGCGGCUCCCCGUGUCACCCCACUAUCGCCUGCCGGCUGGCUCUGGCUGGGUCUGGUGCUCUUCGCCGUUUCGACCGCGUUCGCGGUGUCGUGCCUGUCGUCGGUGGCGGCGGGGCAGGCGCCGGCGGCGGCCCGCGGGGCUGCGCUGGGCGCCCUGCGCUCACUCGGGGCCCUCGCGCGAGCCGCCGGUCCGCUGCUCGCUGCCUCCGUAUACUGGAUUUCGGGUGCUACUACAACUUACACAAUAGGGGCCGUAAUUCUGAUUAUUCCAGCUGUGAUGAUGUAUAGACUGAAGAUAUGAGUUGUGAACAUGUUGAAAACUUUAUCCUGCCUCCAUGAACAAGCAAUAAUAGAUAGAGAAUUUUAUACAUGUAUUAAAUACUGUUGUACUAUGAGUAAGGUUUAAAUGUAAUUUAAUUUAUUUAUUGUAAUAUUGCCAGAUUUUAUAUUAAUUUAUUGAUAUUUUGUACUUAUUUAAAUUCAGAAGAUUUAUCUCGA